AUGAAGGCCGUGCUGUUCGGACUCAUCGCACUCGUCGGAGUCUUCGCUCUCACCGAGUCUCUGACCUGUAAUUCCUGCUCUCUGGGGAUGUUUGGAAUUUGUAUGAACCCCUCGUCCACCCAGUGCAACACCAGUACAUCCCUGUGCACCACAACAUCAGUCAGAUUCACUGGUAUUUCUGGUUUCUUCGGCUUCACCUCUCAGAGCUGCAUAGAUUCGUCCAAUUGCAACGUCACGGUGACCAGCAGCAUCCUGACCGCCCAGUACACCAUCAGUCAGAGGUGCUGCAGCACCAGUAUGUGUAACCCCACCAAUGCUGCCCCCUACACGCAGCUCUCCGCCGGUGCAGCUCUCAGCGCCGCCCUGCUCGCCUGUUUGUGGAGCCAGUCCGUCUACUGAGCGCCUUAUAUACACCAUCCACACUCCGACCGACCCCGAGAUCGACGUCUGUACUGAACUAACGAUGCUUUAUUACUAUUAAUAAUCAAACAAACGAGGUGAGGUUGCUGGUGACGCUGCAGAAAGUGGCCUUGAGUAUGACUAAAUGUUGUCAUGUAGCAAAUGAUGGUACGAGGCGAUCUGUUCUUCAUGCUGUAAUAAUUCCUUAAUUCUUUAAUGAUAGUGAUAGUGAUAAUAUC